AAACCCUGGAUUGUGUGCACAAGCGACGCAGACUGGAUUGGCUGCAUUUCAAUGGAGACGCUGUCAGAAACACCCUGUGCUGAUGCUACGCGGAGGAAGGAGCUCUGUGCACCGCCAGCACCCAGUGGAGUAGUAUCUGACAGCCUUUCAUCUUAUACGGACUAUCCUCCUCACCGUCCCUUCAUCAACACAUUUCUGCAUCACACACCCCAAACACGCUCACAUCAGUCUUGUCGCCCAUCAUCACCCAGAAAGGCAUUCCCAGAGACCAGCAGUGCAGAGAUCUUAUCUGCUCUGAGGAACCUCCAGGAGAAGAUCAGGAGGUUGGAGUUGGAGAAAGGACAUGCGGAACGCAGUCUGCACACUGUGGGGAAAAACGCAUCACACACACAUCUGCAGAGGGAUAAAGUCACGCCGAGACUCUCACAGGAUCACAGAGACCCAGAAAGAGAAAUAAGUGGACAGGCCAAUUGCAAUCAAGUGUUGAUCACUCACCUGGCUGCUGCAGAGUCUCGCUGUGUGAAGCUGGAGCGACAGCUGGAUCACAUGAGGAGGAUGUUGCGCGGUGCCAAGGCAGACAGGACCAGCCUGCUCAAACAGCAGGUUUCAAUGGAGACGGCCAGGUCAGCUGAUCAACAGUCUGACGCAGUGUCUGAGCAUGCCCAGUUGGAGAAGCUGGAGCGACUGGAGCAGGAGUAUAUCAGGCUGACACGCACACAGAACAACGCUGAGAUAAAGAUUCGGGAGCUGGAGAUGAAACUACAGGAAGAGGAGCACCAGAGAAAGCUUGUCCAGGAAAAGGCCAAUCAGCUACAGACAAGUUUAGAGACCAAUAGGAUACUGCUGCAGUCAGUGUCUCCUUGUCUGUCCAGCAGACAGUCCAAAGAGAAGAAGUCUUAUUCAAAGAAAUCGUCACCUCAGCAGUCGUCCUACACGCAGCCACACUAUAGACUGAGCCUCAGAGAUGUACCUUUUGUUGCUGGAACGUCAGUGGGCUGCAGCCACUCGGUCCGAGCAAACGUCCAGUCAGUUUUGUCUCUCCUGAAGCGACACCAGCCACACCUCUGCAACAGCCGCGUCCUCUCUAACAACGCAAACAGCUAUGAGACGGGUUGCCGCAGGCAUUCAGGCGGCUCCUCUUCUUCCUCCUCCUCCGCUAGCGGGGAGGAGCUGUCCGAGCUGCUGCAAGCUCUACAGGAGGAGCUGAGACUCAUGAGCUUGGAGCAGGACGAGUUGAGGAGGCAGGGGGAGGCCAGUGCGUCAGACCAGGAGAGAAAAGAACUUCAGAGGGAGCAGGAGAGGCUGCUGCUGAAAAUGGAGAGGAAAGGAGAACAGAUCAAUAAGCUCUACAAACACAAAACACACAUAAAGAAGUUAAGAAAGGAAGCUAAUUCCAGGCGGAGCAGUGGGAGUGAGGUGAGGUUGACUUCCACAAUGUCCACUAGAGGUCGCUCUGCUGCAGCAGUCAAAGUUAAACCAGGAGAGAGAAGCAGGGGGAACCUGAGGCUGCUGAGGGACAUGAGGGCUCUGCAGAGCUCGUUAUGGACCUGAAACCCACCAGGACAUGAACACACCACAUUAUCUACCUACCUAUGGCCACUAUAUCAUGAUCAACACAGCCGCUGUCUGUUCAUGAACAUAUAUGACCUAUGGUACAUUGGGAAUUUUUGUAACACAUCUAGACGGAGGCAUGAGGGUUCAGAGUGACAACAUAGCGAUAUAAUUAAUGACACAAUGAAGAAAAACUUGAAAAUAUUUUUUUAUUUUUUAAGAAAUAAAAAAUGUCAUCUUAUUUUUUCAUGUAGUUUUCUGAGCAUGGAAACAAUGUUUACAAUAAUGGACAACCUGGACUUCUAUGAGUCUCAUAAAAUAAAAUAAAAAUGAUUUUUUCUUUUUUCCUUAAAUACAGAAGCUAAAAUCUCCUGGUUCUAAAACAUUCCUGAGUCGCUUGAUAGUUACAGAUUCUCACACUUAGCUUACAUAUUCAUGAAUCGGAUGCAGCAGCCGUGGUUUAAAGAAACUGCAGUGAUGAAAUUGUUUAAUACAUAUUUCUACCAUUUGAUGAGCCUAAUGUUGUGCUGAAGGACCUAAGAUACACUGUGCUGUAUUUGGUUCAAACAAACUGAACCCCUUGAUGUUUCAUAUUGCACACUCUCAAUAUGUGUGUAUAUGCACGCAUAUGUUGUGUGUUAUGAUCUGAAUUUUUUAAUUAUUUUUACAAAUAUAUUUAGGAUUUUGUUAUUUUUUUGACAAACCUAUUUCUCUAAGGAAUAAAGUAUUUGUGUUUGCAUAUGACCACAGUGCUGUUUUGUGUAUUUUGGCUUUAUGUGAGAAGAUAUUCAGUGAUCCACCGUGCCCUUGUACUCUGUACCAUGUGUGAGCUGUUGGGCUCUAUGUUUGACAGACUUUUCUUAUCUACCAUUGAUGAUGGUACCAUGGACCGUCAUCAUGACGUCAGUGGACAUCAGACCAAAAUAAAAAAAAAUGGUGCAGAAAAAAAACAGAUUUAUAAUUCUUUGUGUGAUUCUUGCAGGAAAUGAAUGCACCAUCAUUUGAUGGUACCAUGCUUCUCCACUAUUAUUCCAACCGCAGGGGACUCUGCCACAUUGUUCCUUGUAAUUAAAACUUCCUCUGGAAUAAAUGAAUAAACACUUCCUACAGAAGAA